GACCCAUUGCCAUUCUAAUCCAGACGCCCUCCGCUUUGCUGGCACCUCUCCCUCCAUCAUCAUCGCCCUUUCUCUCUCUCCCUCCCUCCAUCUCCCUUUUCUUUUCCAUUUUUUUCAUCUCCGUUUAACCCUAGAAACCAUGGCCAUGGCCUGAGAGGGAGAGAGAGCUCAGCUCUGAAGCACCAUUUCUGUCCUAAUCCGUCGGAUUGGGUCUUCGAAAAGGAAGAUAAAAGGUAAGGAAAUAGAAGGGCGGGACGAGGAAACGAUGCCGUCGCAAGCCGAUCUGGACCGUCAGAUCGAGCACUUGAUGCAGUGCAAGCCGCUGUCCGAGGCGGAAGUGAAGGCGCUCUGCGAGCAGGCCAGGGCCGUACUCGUCGAGGAAUGGAACGUGCAGCCGGUCAAGUGUCCGGUGACAGUCUGCGGCGACAUCCACGGCCAGUUCCACGAUCUUGUCGAGCUCUUCCGAAUCGGCGGCAACGCUCCCGACACGAACUACCUAUUCAUGGGCGACUAUGUAGAACCAAUGGUAUUUUCUUGCUACUUUGUAGAUCGAGGAUAUUAUUCAGUGGAAACUGUUACUCUUUUAGUCACAUUGAAAGUCCGAUAUAGAGAUAGGAUUACAAUUCUACGAGGAAAUCACGAAAGCCGUCAAAUUACUCAAGUGUAUGGAUUUUAUGAUGAGUGCUUAAGAAAAUAUGGAAAUGCCAAUGUGUGGAAACAUUUUACUGAUCUCUUUGAUUAUCUCCCACUCACGGCUCUGAUUGAGAGUCAGGUAUUCUGCUUGCAUGGUGGACUUUCCCCUUCACUUGACACACUGGACAACAUUCGCUCCCUCGAUCGUAUCCAAGAGGUACCGCACGAGGGUCCUAUGUGUGACCUCCUGUGGUCCGACCCAGAUGACCGGUGUGGGUGGGGCAUUUCUCCUCGUGGUGCUGGAUACACCUUUGGACAGGACAUCUCUCAACAGUUCAACCAUACUAACGGCCUCACUCUCAUCUCUAGAGCUCACCAACUCGUGAUGGAAGGUUACAAUUGGUCCCAGGACAAGAACGUGGUGACGGUUUUCAGUGCCCCGAAUUACUGCUACCGGUGUGGGAACAUGGCGGCCAUACUCGAGAUUGGAGAGAAUAUGGAGCAGAACUUCCUGCAAUUUGACCCAGCACCGCGCCAGAUUGAACCCGAGACCACACGCAGAACUCCCGAUUAUUUUUUGUAAUUUGCAUAGCUGCCUCGCCUCGUCUUCCUUCCUCCAGAAUGGGAUCUUCUGUCAAUUUUCUAAUCAACCUGCUUGCCUAUUAUGUUCUUUGUAGAUGCAUCGUCAUACAGAAUAGAGAAGAAAUUUUGGGUGUUUACUUGGGAAUUGGGGAAACCUGGAAAAGAGAUGUAUUGCUGGGUGUUGUCAUUCAUUCCUUUUGGGUAUUGUUCACCUACUAGUACUACUGUUUUCUGCAUUCAUAAGAGUUAAUAGAUUGUGUUUACUCUGUCCAGAUGUUAAUUUUUUCUUCCACGCCAGUCUUGUAUCUUGGAAAGUUAAAGAGGCAACAACUAUAUAACAUGGUAAUUUUCCCGCUGGGGGAUUUCGUUUUGGAAAUGGUGAGUGGAG